ACGACAGUACAGUCGUGCCGCGGCCUCCAUAGAGGGAGGUUUAUACAAUCUGUGCCGCUCACAGCACUUCGUUUCAUCGUGAGAAAGCGUCGUAAGACGCGUGUUCUAUCUCGACACGCCGAUAGACACAAAACCAUGUUGUGACAUUUGUACGAACGAUCGUUCGACAAACGUGAUGUCACGGGAUUAAGGAAAGGCUGGCUCAUUCGUGAAGUAAAAUUCGGCGACUCGAUCGUGGGCCGAGCAACAGAUGUGACGUCGCGGGACGCGCUCUUUAUAUUUAGUUGCCAACGAUUUCCUCGGUUGUUUCUUCGUACGCACGAAUAUAUACGUAUACGUUCUCGUGUGUCGGUUCAACGGUCGCACGCGACUGUGUAUUACUUCGACAGUGACGUAAUAUGGCGCGAACGAAAGUGUAUCACGGACGUCAGUGACAUAGAGCUUUACGUCGAUAGAAGGGUUAGGUUGCAUGUUUAACCGUUUAUCAUAGAUACAAGCCUUGAAACCAUUCAGAGGUAUUCCGUUCCUAUUAGCGAUCUUUACUUCGUAACUUUGCGUGUACGAUCACGUUCGUGUAUGCCACGUAACAUAGAAGAAGAAAAAAGAGAAAAAAUAAGAAAGAGAAAGUGGAGAAUCUUGAGCGAUUGUUAGACCUGUAUCCGGUGCUCGCCGAACGACCCUAUCUCAAGGCCCUCUACCUGCGACUAAGAAUACUGUAAGGACACGAGGUACUGGCGCGUCGUUCCUAAAGCAGGAAAGAGAGGCACAGGAAGAAUUCCUUUGUCCUCGAGGGCAGAGUUGGUGAAGCUGGUGGACGAGAAGCGGCGAACGUAGCGGCCGAAGUGGAAGGGAGAGAAGGAAGCACAGCACGCGGUCGAGUUUCUACCUUGUCGAUCGUAUAUACCUGGCGUGCGUGAGAGAGAGACGGCGCGAUCGUUGGUGAGUGAGACGGACAGUGAAAACGAGCCUUGUGGCAUCGGUGAACGUCCGUCAGCGCGUUGCUAACGGCAAAGGGCAACAACCACGCCGUGAACACAGAUUGUAGCGCGCUGUUAACCAAGGCCAGGUCGAAUUUAACGCUACAAUACGCAUUUUCACUUGACAGUGACCUUUCCUGUUCUCUCUUGCGAUUCACGAGAAAUUUUCAAUCGGUCUCGAUACACGUGUUACGCUUUGUAGUGUAAUGCCUUUGGUCGAUUAGCGUCAAUUGUGCACGCUUUUCGUUUGAAAUUCGCGCUUCAAAGUGUCCAGCUGGGUCUGCGUGUGUCCUUUCCGUGAAUCGUGCCCGAGGAUGCAACGACGAAGAUUACCGGAUGCCAUGUUGCUGCUGGUCAGAGCAGCUGUUCUCGCAGCUGUCUUGGGACUGUUCCUGGGAUCGAGCCAUGCAAACAGGCCCGCCGGUGCGCAUCCCGGCCACGCGUACUUCGAGCAACCUUGUUGCGGACGCUCUCAUCUCAGGCAUCAUAAAGAACACGUGAGGGAAUUCAGCUGCGGCAUGCUGUAUUACAGGACGUUGUACCUGGACAGUAAGAGGGACGCUCUAUACGUCGGCGCUAUGGACAAGGUGUUCAGGCUGAAUCUGAGCAACAUCAGUCAUUCUAAUUGCGAGAGGGACGCGCUUAAUCUGGAACCCAGCAACGUGGCAAAUUGUGUGUCCAAAGGGAAAUCAGAGCACUUCGACUGCCGGAAUCACAUAAGGGUGAUCCAACCAAUGGGGGACGGCAAUCGGCUCUACAUGUGCGGCACGAACGCUCACUCGCCCAAGGAUUGGGUGAUUUAUAGCAAUCUAACCCAUUUGCCUCGCCACGAAUUCGUCCCCGGCGUGGGAAUGGGCAUAGCGAAGUGUCCUUACGAUCCUGCGGACAAUUCGACGGCGGUGUGGGUGGAAAAGGGCAAUCCUGGGGAACUGCCAGCUCUUUAUUCCGGAACCAACGCCGAAUUCACGAAAGCCGAUACCGUAAUCUUCCGUACGGAUCUGUACAAUUUAACCACCGGUCGCAGAGCGUUCAGCUUCAAGAGGACACUGAAGUACGACUCGAAAUGGCUGGACAAACCUAAUUUCGUGGGAUCUUACGACAUCGGCAGCCACGUAUUCUUCUUCUUUCGCGAGACGGCGGUGGAAUACAUAAAUUGCGGCAAGAGUGUGUAUUCCCGUGUGGCGAGAGUUUGCAAAAGGGACACCGGCGGCAAAAAUAUCUUGUCGCAAAACUGGUCGACUUAUUUGAAAGCCAGGCUGAAUUGUUCGAUACCUGGUGAAUUUCCAUUUUACUUCAACGAGAUACAGAGCAUCUACAAAGUGCCCGGCGAUGACACCCACUUUUACGGUACUUUUACCACGUCGACGAACGGAUUGAUGGGUUCGGCGAUUUGCUCGUUCCAUAUCGACGCGAUUCAAGAGGCGUUCCGUGGAAAAUUCAAAGAACAGGCGACGAGCAGCAGCGCUUGGCUUCCGGUGCUUUCCAACAGAGUUCCUGAACCGCGACCUGGUCAAUGUGUGAACGACACUGAAUCGUUCCCGGACACGGUGCUGAACUUCAUUCGAUCUCAUCCCUUGAUGGACUCGGCCAUAUCGCACGAGAACGAAAAACCCGUCUUUUAUAAACGCGACGUGAUGCUCACACGGUUGGUCGUGGAUAAACUACGAAUCGAUUUCGUUGGACUCGAUUUGGAUUAUACGGUCUACUAUGCAGGAUCCAGUGACGGACGUGUACACAAAGUUGUUCAAUGGAUAGAUAAUAAUGGCGAUUCGCAAUCUAUUCUGUUGGAUGUUUUUGACGUGACGCCAGGCGAACCGAUUCAGGCGAUGGAAAUCUCGAAGGAGCAUAAGGCUCUUUACGUCGCUUCCGACCAUCGAAUAAAACAGAUCGACCUGGUGAUGUGCACCCGUAGAUACGACAAUUGUCUCCGCUGCGUUCACGAUCCUUACUGCGGCUGGGACAAGGACACGAACACGUGCAAACCUUACGAACCUGGGCUUCUCCAGGACGUGUCAAACAAUACGGCAGACGUUUGCGACAGUAGCGUGGGUAAACGGAAGCUCGUAGUCACCUGGGGCCAGUCGGUGCAUCUCGGUUGCUUCGUGAAGAUGCCGGAAGUGCUGGCGAAUCAGGAAGUCAGGUGGUACCACUACAGCAAGGAGAAAGGCAGGUAUCAGAUAGCCUACAAGUACGGUGCUGGGGGGGACAAGUUCAUCGAGACGUCCGAGAAGGGCCUGGUGAUCGUUGGCGUGAACGAGCAAGACGCCGGAAGAUACGAUUGUUGGCUCGGUGGUUCGCUCCUCUGCUCGUACAACAUCACAGUGGACGCACACAGAUGCUCUGCGCCAGCCAAGUCAAACGACUAUCAGAAGAUAUACUCGGAUUGGUGCCACGAAUUCGAGAAGUACAAGUCGGCCAUGAAGAGUUGGGAAAGGAAGCAAGCGCAAUGCGCAUCGAGGCAAAACGACAGCAAUCAAAAUUUACACAUGAACGAGGUGUACGGCACCCCCUUAGUCUGAUGGAGCCAAUCAUUGGAGCCCUCGUCGAGCCGAGAUCCCGACAUACUGCCACGCGCGAGCGUCUUGCCGAAGAAUUGCGGUCCAUCCACAAUCAGUUGGACGAGGCUCACUCUCCUUCUGACCGGUUACACCACUGCCUUUGUCCUUCUUGCUGCCGACGAUCUUUCGUCCAAGUGAAAGCCACGAAACGCAUCCGUAUCAAAAGAACCGGCAAAUCGAAUGUCCGAAACACGAGCAUCAUGUUCACCGCGACAUCCAUCCUCGAUCGGUUGGACGAGCCUCACUCACCUUCUGACCGGUUACACCACUGCCUUUGUCUUUCUUGCCGCUGACGAUUUUUCGUCUAAGUGAAAGCCACGAAAAUACAUCUGCAGCAAAUACCCGGCAAGUCAAACGUCCGAAGUACAAGUACAUUUUCAUCACAUUCACAGUAACGUUCGUCUUCGAUCGUUCGAACGAGCCUCGUUCUGAUUGGCCUCAUCACCCGCCCGGAACGUGUCUCUCGCUUAACUCUCAAGUUUCUGCGAGAUAAAUAAAAAGAUAAUAUCCCCACGAAACAGAAAUAUUCAUAUGAAGGAGAGAAAUAUUCACAGAAAUAUCGAUAUUUCGAGGUUACUUGUAACCAAUCGGUGUAACGAGGCUGCCCGCAACGCGCAGUGUUCAUCGCACGAUCGCUCGUCAUUUUUCAUUAAUCAUAGUAUCAUUUACAUUCUAUAUUGCCAUAAUGCCAUAAUGCGCGUGUACGGUGGAGCACUGUCAAGGAUCCGGUUUCGUUUUCAAUGGACAACCCUCUCCACGAAUACUUUUCAUUAACCCCGUGUAUAAAUAAAUGACACGCGACGCGGUCAAGAAGAAUGCGAUUCCAGGAUCGUCUCGAGAGAAAGUGCGCCUUAAACGCGAACGACGAUAGGAAUAACUCGGCCGGAAGGGCAACAAUAAUACACGUGGACUGCGCACGCUGAUACACACACGGUUCCUAAGCUUUCUCACGCCGUGGAUCGGUUUCUCGAGCGAGGAAGAUACAAGGUCAGGGAAGGGUCAUUAGAAGAGAUCGUCGAGAUUGAUCGUCCGUGGUGGCGGAGGUUGAUCGGUGAUCACGAAAACGCGGCUCGAAUCGAGGCGUCCGUCCGCGAAGUAACGCGUUUAGAAACCGGAAAUCAAUCCUCCUGUUUCCUUAGAUCUGUGAUACGAACGAGACGAGACGAGAGAGAGAGAGAGAGAGAGAAAGAGAGAGAGAGAGGUUGGUCGCUCUAUCGAGAAUUGGGAGGUUACAGGAGCAAACAACCGAGAGUAAAAGGCGACGACGAGAUCGAAAAGAGAAGAGAGAAAAUAAAUACCAUAAGGUCGAGCUUCAGUGUAGUUUUAACGAGUCAAAGAUAACGAGUCAGGAUCGACACAAUCUUAUAUGUAAGUUGUAUAUCAAUUUGCUAAUGAAGAAAGUGAAAUUAAGAGAGAAUGGAUAAGAAUGGAACGCGUCCAGGGAGAGAACGCGACAUAACGUCGAUGCGUUUUCAAACGUCACGCAAAGUUACACAUGAGAUUAUUAAUCGGCUACCACGUAGGUGGCGCGCGCGCGAUCACCUCAACUUAUUAUUAGCUUGUUAACUUUUUCAUAUCAACAGUUUUCGCGACGUGCACCGCCGCCUUUGUCUUCGACUCGCACGAUUCCUUUCAUCACCCUUACUCGACGAAACAUUCGUUUUCAACUUGUUUUCACCUUUUUUUUUAUAGCGUAGAUGCAUCGAUCGAUCGAUGCGAUUCUGUUCCUCGCCCCAUAGAUUAUAGUUAUAGCAUUGUAGUUUUUGGGUUCUUUUGUCGCGACUUUAUUGAGAUGUCUUUGAAAUCAACAUUUCUCGAGUUUUGUCAGUAUUCAGAUAUAAUAUCUUGGAGACAAUGAGAAAGGAAAGUUAGUUACUCAGUUUUAUGAAUGUGACAAUUGUUGAAUUCUAAACGUACAGAAAGAAAUUGUAUCGAUUAACUGGAUUUAAGUAUUCUUCCAAUAAUUUCAUGAAUCACGAACUCAUGUAUUUAAAUUUUAAUCAAAAAUCUUUAAUGUCGGAUUUAGAAUUCGAUAUUUAGGAAAAAGCUAGAAAGCCAGACUAAGGAAAAUUCGAUGACAAUCUAAUUAGCCUAAUUUAUUAACAUUUAUAAAUAUAAGUGUUUCGAAUUGUGUUAAGAUUUUAAUCGAUCGUUCUCUUUUCCUUCGUAUGAUUCUAAAUUACCAAAAUGCUAACCAAGACAAUUCCAUCCAUAUCGCUAUAAUCGAGCCCGUAUUCACAGCCAUCCUAAUCACUCAACGAUAUCACUAUUACCAUAAUCAUUCACGAGAACUCUAAAGGUGCUACGUAGGUGCGUCUGACGCGUAUUGGAGAUCGGUAAUAAGGCCUGCCAUCCUCAUAUUCACUAUGCGCUCUUCAAACCUAUACAAACACACACACACAAAAGACAAACACAUACUUGUAUACUUGGAUAGUAAUACACGCAGAUUUAUCACACGAAUCUAUCUGCAUCCAACUUCUACGUUUACUCGAAUUUCCUCGAGUACUUAUCUUUUUGGAUGCCAAAGAUUCAAACAGAUUCUCGUAUAUAUCUCCGAGCCUAGGAGUAGAAUAAUUCCGUUUUUGCUCGACGAUUUUCGCCAGAUUGAAUCGGGUCUCGAUCGAGCUUAAAUCGUUCAGCAAAUCGACGUAAAUCGCGGGUCAAUCGGACAGACGAUCGGUUCGAGACAGUUUCGAAAUCCACGCGCUCGUGAACACGGAUGUCUCGUUUCGAGCAGCAAGCAGCUUCGACAGCAAGACAAAUGUCGGCGAGCAAUACAUUCUCUUGUUCGUUUUCCGUUCGCUCGAUCGCGUCGUUCGAUUAAGUAACAUUGAUCGACGAUUUACCGGUCUUGUUCUAAUAUUUCCAUGUAUGUCCGUGGCGCGUUUAGGUUUCCCGCUGUUCGAUUAAACGUAUAAAGUCGUUUCUCUUCCGGUCCGGGAACGUCCGUAUGUAAAUAGGAUCGUCAUAGUGCAUGGUAUUUUUAUAAAAAUUCUCUUCGGAACGAUACAAUCGUAGACGUGAAGAAUAAUAGCGUUCUCUGUUCUCCGCAAGUUUUCCUUUCAUCUCUACUAGUUCUUAUUUCGUACGAUUUCUCCGCGAUAAUUUAAUAUUUUAAUCCUUUAUAGUAUAUUACACGUAGUAUUAGUUUAUCGUAUAAUAUUUUAAACGUAGAUACUCGGAUCGUCGGAAGUAAUCGAGAACUUGAAAUGGUAAACGAUGUGAGCAUCAAAAAUGAAAAUGUUCCGGUAUGAAUAAGAGAUGUUAGCUUAAAAUUCAGACCUACCACUUAUUAACUAAUAAAAUUAUCGAAUUUUUAUUCAGAUAAUUCUAGUCCUUCUAACUAAAUUAAAUUAUUCCAGAACCUUAACGCCAUAUCAAGCAUGGAAUUCACAUCUUUUUUUUUACGGUUAAAGAAAAAUCAUUCUCUAUUUUUCUGACAUUUACCAUUUAUUUGCUAUCUUUACCAUUUUAACCGUUUAAACUCUUUGAUACAAACUUCUCGACGAUCACAAUUGCUUCUACCGACGGAGAUGGAUGCUUACCGGUGCUGUAUUAAACAAUUCGUGGAACGGUCGCUGUUUCCUGAAGACCCAGUUCGCCAUCGCUAGUAUACAUACGUAGGCUAUAAAAUAUAGACCGUAGCGAGGUGGUGACACCUCUCGUUUCGUGUGUGUGUGUGUGUGUGUGUGUGAGAGAGAGAGCACGCGCGUAUGCACGGACCGGAGUUCCCUCAGAGACGAAGGACGACGAUCGAAAUGCUGCAAAAUGAGAUACGGUGAACGAUAAAUGAAAUAAUAAGUAUAAUAAUGUAGACAAGCGAAAAAGAGGAAGAAGAAGAAAAAUGGGUGAAGAAAAAGAAUAAAAAGAGAAAAAACACCGAUGUAUCGGUGAUAGUUUCGCUCUUGCCCUUAAGUUUGUACAUAAACGUUCGUAUUGUUGAGAGGUUCACGUCGCGACCGUUCGUGACCCGCGUGCCAUUUUCUCCUCGCCGUAUGUGAAGUUUUAACUUCAACCGGAAGUUACGAGGACCGCGGGCCAAUCGGAGGUAGACUCGACGCGCGUGAACCGUUAGUUAUUCCUGUACAGAGGUUUGGAACGCCGUGCUCGACGAUUUUCUGUUCUGUAUCUAUCGCGUCGACGGCAUACAAAGGUACACUGUCAGAUAUAGUAUGAGAAAACGAAUGUAUGCGUGAUAUAGUGUGAACGAGUGCUUGAUAAGCACGAUAAGAAAGAGAGAGAAUGAAGAGAUAUAAAUGUAUAUGAAGAAGGGAGAGAAAAGAUGGUAGAAGCGUAAGGUUAAUACAAUAAUCGGUAAUUUAAUCUUCAAAUAUGUACUUAUUAUGAGCUUGAAACAGGUAUUGAAUAGUAUUAUGUCGUAAGGAUUUAAUUUUCGAGCAAAUAAGAUGAUGAACGGAGAAAUACCUUAGAGUGCGUCCUAUUAACGCGGAUCGUGAGUUCAAGAGUUGCCUUCGAGACGAUCGGAGAAAAGGAAUUUUUCUCUUCGGGUUCGUCUACUUGUAAUUCUCGAGGAUCAUUCACGGAAACGUUUCGCGUCGACUCUAGAACGAAACUGACUGACAAUGAGAAUAUUUCAGCUAUACUUAGAAUAUUCCAAAGUAAUCGACGCGAUGUGUGAGUGGAUGGCGAGGGCUAACGAGAAUCUAAAUGACGAAUAACGAAGACAGAAUGAAAGGGAGACUGUAUCAAGACGCGUGUGUGUCGUGACGAAGCGAUACGCAAAGAAUAAUAGUAACUUACCUAUAUCGCACUUCUAUGAAAAGCUAUUUAAAAAGAGAAAAAGAGGGGAAAUAACAAAAGACGAAUAACAGAGGAGAGCAGUAAAAGAGCAUAAGAGAGUAGUUAGAGAGCGCAAUAUUAGAGAAAGCGGAACUGAAAACAGGACAAAGACGCAGAGGAUUACUAAGGUACACAAUAAUCUUGAACCACGAGUCUCUCGUGUACGCGUCGACGGCCAGCGAGGAAGAAAAGCGGGCGCGAUCGAUAAAACGAUCGAGCGAUGAAACGCCAAUUUAAACGAUCCGUUGCCGCGAAUGAUCCUAGUUCGAGCCCUCGACGAGUGCACAUUCAGACUCCGUAGAACGAGUCGGCGUGAUCACGGAAAGCAAUCUAAGAUGAACUUAACGUUGUUAGAUAUAUUAUUUGUAAUAUUAUCGGAGUACUGUAUAUUGCGUAGACACGAUCGUGGUGGCUGGAUCGCGAUGGAAGCAGAUGGAGGUAGAAGGAGUAUACUGACCGGAGAUAGAAGAGCUCAUUUUCUUCUGGCAAUCGAGAUUGUCGUUUUCGUAAAUUGAUCGAUCGGAUGAUUGUAAGAAUAAGAAGAUACGGUUCGGUUAUUUAACGUGUGAAUCAACGGUUUCGAAGUGAAAAUGGCUUGGGGACCAUCGCGAACUCCGAUCGAUCUGAUCCAGUGGCGACAAUCGUGUCAGCAAAGAUAGGUUAUAGCUCGAUUUAGUGUACGCUGUACGAAAAUACGUCUCCGUGACGACAGUUACUCGAGAUACAUGAAAGCGAGAGUGAGAAAAUGCAAGAGAGAAAGAAUGAUGGAAGAAUGCGAAUGCCCUAAAUGAAACACUUAACUACGAUGACUUAUUACUACGAUAUAAGGAGGAGAGUAGGGUAGCUGGUAACGACUAAUUCAAAUAUAUCAUUAGGACUAGCCGACGACUGUCUUAGGUUCUCUAGAUUUCUGUACGGAUCGGUUUUUAUUUUCUGGUGAACGUGGGGUGGGAGGGUGAUCUACCGAACUGACAUUUUUUUUAAUGUGCUUCAUUCAUCGCCUCUCUGCAAACAUUUUGUAAGCGAAUUUAUCAUACAUGACCACGCUCAUGAACCUUUUUUUUUAUUCCUAAUUUCACACACCAUCCGAUAUCCCAUUUUUUUUACAUUUUGCGCGUCAUCGAUUGUCUUCUCGUAACGUUUCCGUUUUGACAUCGUUUCGACGACAAUCUCCACCGAUUGCGACAGAGAAAUUCUGCGAGAGAAAGAACGAGAAUAAGAGAGAAUGCUGCGUGAGAUUCAUUAUUUCGCCACUGUGUAACUUGUUUCUCAUCAUCAUCAUCAUCGUUAUUAUUUUUACCGUCCUUGCCAUUCGAUUUUAUUUCCUCCCUAUUUUUAUCCUCUUUCGUUCUGUAACUUUUCUACCGUUUGUACGAGUUUCUUUUCUUUUUAUUUUUUUGUAUAGCGCUCGUCCCUCUCGACUACAGCGAUCAAGGGUAGAAAAUAGAGUCGGACCAAAGUACAUCGUGAAUCCGAGAAUCUCUUUUAUUUUACGAGCGAAGAAAUUUAUUUUAGAUCAAAAGAGGCGUGGCCUGCGUCUCGGCUCGUUUCGAAAGUUCCUUCGCUUUCUAUCGAAUAGUCAUUCGAGUUCGUGCGUUAAUACCCGUUCGAAACAUUCUGUUCGAAUGGCAAUGGUGCAUGUAACGCAAUUAAGGCUAUUAUUCGGUUUUCUUCCCUAUUGGAGAAAAACGGACGUUGCACGCGCUUUCUCUGCUAUCGAUUAAAUUUUCUACUGUUUGCGCGUUGGUUGGUACGAACUGACGCGUAUAUCGCGACAAUUUCGUGUACGAACGAGCUCCGAGAAAUUUGGACGCUUUACUCCUUUAUAUAUUAACUAGAUAUAUUAUUUAUAUAUUAAUAUUAUUUUAUAUACUUUCGAUAUAUAUUCGAUUGCGACUGUCAAUUUUUAUCAUUUAAUUAGCAUAAGAUAAAAUAUCGCUGGGGUAGUUUGUUAGUUUUUUAAUUUUUUCGAUAUUUUCUUUGGAUUCACGCUGCACUUGCGCCACCAAUGGAAAAUUCACACGUAUCUACGCGUUCGCGCGAUUGUCAUCAUUAAACACACCACUGUAGACACUUCUUUUAGUUUGAACAACUUCGUACGGUAAGAGACCCUUUAGAUAUUCACCUAAUACUUAAACCUAAACAUCCAAUCGCUAUUUUUAUCAAAAAAAAAACAUGUUAAAAAUCUUUAAUAGUUAUCCAUUGUUCACUAUUGCUAUAAUAAAGUUUUGCUUUAAUAAACGA